AUGGCCUCGGCUAGUGGUUUACAACGAAGGCGCAAUGCGGGUGGUCUAAAUUCAUCAGGGUCAUCAUCAAAUGAUACAUAUUUAUCUGCCACCAAUUCAAAUAGCAAUAGUAACGGCAUCACAACCAAUACCAUAGAUCGAAGCAUAAUAUCUGAUAAUGGAGUGAAGAUUGCAGUCGAUCCCAAAGAUUCGCUGGACGACCAAGAUAGAAAACAACCGAAACUCACACUCAUGGAAGAAGUUUUGUUGCUGGGGUUGAAGGAUAAACAG